ACCUGCCCCCUUCCGUCAAAUCGUCUCCCUCGUAUCGAUUUUUUCCCCCUUCUCUUCUGUGUUUUUUUUUGGUGUUUUGUUCUUUUGAUUAUUCGUAUUGUUCGAAAAUUUUCACGUCUGUUAUUCUGAAUCCAAGGAAAGAGAUAAGUAUAUAUUACAGUGGAAGUCCACAGGAAGGGGGAGAAGCGAUAGAUUUUCUCGUCUAUUUUUGUUCAUUACAACGUUGAUCUUCCUAUCGUGUUCUGUUUCUUCAGAUUUCUUUCUGGAUUUCGUUGUUUUUUCCUCUCUCUCUCGCUCGCUUGCUCGCUGGUUGGAUCCAAUUCGGCGAAAAAAGGAGCCUUUUUCUUCUGGGUUUCUCAGCAGAUCCAUCUUUACGGAGCUCGCAUCCCUAGGGUUCCUCUGAAUUUGUGCCUGGUGCCCAGAUCUUCAUCUGUUCAUCUUCGAAACGUUGUGCUUUCAAUUUAAAUAUGGGUUCAUCUUCAUGCAGGCCCGUUCGAUGUAUCGACAUUAGGGUUUGAUUCAGAAGUAAAUUUCAUUGUAAAGGCUUGCGCUGAGACGAUAAAGUGUUUGAAUUUGUCGUUUUCGAACUAAUUUAGCUGAUACGGUUUGAUUCUUGUAGAAGGUAGAGAAGGGUAGGGCAAGAGCUAGGGUUUCUGUAAAUAUGAUAAAGCAGAUAUUUGGGAAAUUGCCCAGAAAACCUUCGAAAUCAUUGCCCAGUGAUUCGAAUGGAGAGGGAGGGAUUAGUUCUUUAAACUCAUAUUACAGUCCCAGUUCGGGCAAUGGGACCCUUUCUCCUCGCUCUUUGAACUCCAAUAGGACCAUUCAAGGGAAGAAGCCGUUAGGUGAUUCCCUUCAAGCUGAUCCAUUUCCACCUUCUGUGGUAUAUGAGGCUUUGCCCGGUUUUCGUGACGUUCCAGUUUCAGAGAAGCCGAAUCUCUUCAUCAGGAAACUGCAUAUGUGUUGUGUUGUGUUUGAUUUUAGUGACCCAUCAAAGAACCUUAAAGAGAAAGAAAUAAAGCGGCAGACGCUGCUUGAGCUAGUCGACUAUAUUGCAUCGGUUCCAGUGAAGUUCAAUGAAAUGGCAAUGCAGGAGAUCACAAAGAUGGUGGGGUUGAAUCUGUUUCGGUCAUUUCCUUCCCGAAAUCACGAAAGCAAGAUUUUAGAAAUGUUUGAUAUGGACGAGGAUGAACCCACAUUGGAGCCAGCUUGGCCUCAUCUACAAGUUGUCUAUGAGCUUCUGCUAAGAUUCGUGGCUUCUCCCAUGACUGAUGCGAAGCUUGCAAAGAGAUAUAUCGAUCAUUCAUUUGUCUUGAGGCUGUUGGAUCUAUUUGAUUCUGAAGACCAAAGAGAGAGGGAAUAUCUGAAGACCAUUCUGCACCGGAUAUACGGGAAGUUCAUGGUGCAUCGGCCCUUCAUCAGGAAGGCCAUAAACAACAUCUUCUACCGAUUCAUUUUCGAGACUGAAAAACAUAAUGGCAUUGCUGAGUUGCUUGAGAUUCUUGGAAGCAUAAUUAAUGGGUUCGCUUUGCCGUUGAAGGAAGAGCACAAGCUUUUCCUUGUGAGGGCCUUGAUUCCUCUCCACAAGCCUAAGUGUGCAUCGGUCUACCACCAACAGCUUUCUUAUUGCAUCGUUCAGUUUGUAGAGAAGGACUUUAAGCUUGCUGAUACCGUUAUUAGAGGCCUUCUGAAGUAUUGGCCCGUAACUAACAGUUCAAAGGAAGUGAUGUUCAUAGGGGAGUUGGAAGAAGUCUUGGAAGCAACUCAAGCAGCCGAGUUUCAGCGCUGUAUGGUGCCUUUAUUCCAUCAAAUUGCUCGUUGCCUCAACAGUUCACAUUUUCAGGUAGCUGAACGGGCUUUGUUUCUGUGGAACAAUGACCACAUUAGAAACCUAAUCACCCAUAACCAUAAAACUAUAAUGCCCAUAAUCUUCCCUGCUCUGGAGAGAAACACAAGGGGGCGGGGACAUUGGAACCAAGCUGUUCAGAGUCUGACACUGAACGUGAGGAAGGUAUUCUCUGACACGGACCUAGAUCUAUUCGAUGAGUGCUUGGCCAAAUUCCAAGAAGACGAAGCAAGAGAGAAGGAGCUUCAGAUGAAACGAGACAUGACAUGGCAGCGCUUGGAAGAGUUAGCAGCGUCCAGGGCUGUAAGAAGCAGCGAGGCGGUACUGCUCGUCCCAAGUUUUACGUCUUCAAUGGCCCUCACCAGCGGGAGCCCAAGGGGGGCAUCUGGUAGGUAACAAAAGGAAAAAAAGGCCGGGGCUUUCUACUCUAUUCAUCACCUAUAUACACAUGAAAUGACGCAAAAACAGACCGGGGUUCGAUCCAUACAUGAGAUGGGUCAGGAAGCUAGAAGAUUUUCAAGUGGUGGUUGGACAGAGGAAAGGUGAGUAUAGAUGUGAGAACACUCGACAGUUUACGGUUCUGGGUUUAGGGUUUGGGUUUUGGGGUAUAUUCGUUAGUUAUUUGGUUCAUCCUUCUUCUCUCCGACUGCGUCUGCAGUUGUCGGGGGAGUUGGAGAACACAUGUACUGAAAGAGGAUAUCGUCUAUAGAGACGGGUAAUGGUAAUUUUAUUGUACAAUUCAACUAUGAAAUCAUCUUUCUUCCCCUCCCCUUUUGCCCAAUUCAACUAUUGAAACAUUAUGUAUAUUUUA